AUGACAGACAAUGAUGAUCACCCAUGGAAGACCACACUCUCCCUUGGGAGUGGACAGGCAACCAUCUAUGAAGAAUCUCCUUCGCAACUCUCAGAGGAAGAGCAGCAAGGCCAAGGCCCUGGUCAACCUCAUCAGAGACCCUCAGCUGGAGAAUUCUCCCCAAAACCUUCUGCAUCUGAAGAAGAAGGUGAUGAUGAUGGUGAAGAAGAUGGAAAUGCACCAGAGAGACCACCACAGCAAGGAGGUGACCACCAGAAACCUCGACCUCCUAAACCUGGAAACCAAGAGGGAGGCCCUCAGCAAAAUCGCCCUCCUAAACCUGGAAACCAACAAGGCCCACCCCAGCAGGAAGGUCAGCAGCAGAAUCGCCCUCCUAAACCUGGAAACCAACAAGGCCCACCCCAGCAGGAAGGACAGCAACAGAAUCGCCAUCCAAAACCUGGAAACCAGCAAGGCUCACCCCAGGAGGAAGGACAGCAGGAGAAUCAUCCACCUAAACCUGGAAACCAGAAAGGCCCACCCAAGCAGGAAGGACAGCAACAGAAUCGCCAUCCAAAACCUGGAAACCAGCAAGCCCCCCCCCAGCAGGAAGGCCAGCAACAGAAUCGCCCUCCUAAACCUGGAAACCAACAAGGCCCACCCCAGCAGGGAAGUGAGGAAAAGCCAAGUUCCCUGUAG